AUGGAAGGUUCCUCUAUGGGUUACCUUGAUCUGCCUUAUACUCAGGAGCCUGCAGUGUUUCCACGCAUCACUCACAUAUCUGAGGUGAAGCCAUCGCAUGAGAGCCAUGCGGUUAUCUCUCGACGGAAAAGGAACAUCCUUUUUCCAAGUGGAGUCAAACUGUGCGUGCAAGAGACCGCCGAGCAAGUCAUUGCAAACCAUCUGAGCUACUUUCAUCUCAGAGUGUGCCAGGAGACCAUAUGGGAGGCAUUUAAGAUCUUCUGGGACCGCCUCCCAGAGCAAGAAGAGUACCAAAGCUGGAUGAGUCGAUGUCAGGAGGGCAUAGUCUCUGCACGGGAUAUUGGCAGCUACUUUAGUAAGUCAGAGGAGCAUCAGACUCUGGCUAAAAAGAGAAUGUCGCUGCCCAGUUUGAAGAGCACUCCAACACCAGACACACCAGAAUCCGUUGAAGCUCCUGAGCUAGAAGACACAGCUGAAAACGAGGAGGAUUCCCCUGCCAUUUCACCAGGAGUAGAGGAGAGUCCUCUUUACAAUGAUAUAACUGUACAACCGCCUACUCCUGCUCCACUGGAGCAGGUUGUGGAGCUAAGCAUCCUCUUGUCAGGAGAAAUGUACAACGAGAGCCUCGCUGAUCCGGCCAGCCUCCAGUACCAAACACUCAGCAGACAGCUCGCUGCAAAGAUAGAGGACGCGCUGGAGGGGCUUCCUGGAUUUAAAAGUGUGUCUGUAACUGACUUCAGGUUUGGUGGUUUGGUGGUGGACUAUGCCGUCACAGUGGUGGUGAAUGGAGCAGGAGUGACCGCUGAACAACUGAACUACCUGACCCUACAGUCGAACCAAGUGGAGAACUCCUAUCGGGAGAUCAAGGAGCACCCCACCGUGGUCCUCACCAUCAGUGAGGACAACAACAUUUUCAUUGAAGCCCUAGAUGACAAAAAGCUGGAGAGCGUGUCUGAGAUUCCUCACUUGAUCAACACUGAAGACGGAGCCGUGAUCAGUGCUGUUGAUAAGCCACCAGAGGUCCUGACCCUGGAGGAGGACAUCAAAAGUGAAUCUUCAGAAACCAACACAGUGGCAACAACAGAAAAUAAUGUUAUUGUUCUAGAGGAGAGUGAAGUUGCAUCUCCUGCUCUUGUUCCGACCUUCCUUGUACCUGAAGCUGCCGGGAUUGAGAAGGAGGGUUUGUUGCUGGAGGAUACUGUGGAGAUUCCUUCUGUAGAACCUCCUCCACCCGAAGACCUCCCAGCUAUACUGCCAGGAAGCUUCACCCUGCCUGAACCCCCAGUAGAAACUGAAGCCUCUGGUUCAGUCCCAGAUGUUUUGGAGGGGCUGCUUGAACCAUCUACAACCACUCCAGAAGAGGAGGAAAUGUCCCUUGGGGAAACUGCUUCAGAGGAAGAGGUGAAAACAGAAGAAAUCACCAUAAAUGCAGAUGUUACAUCUGGAGCUGAGGAAGAGACAUUUGGACCUACAGCUGUACCUAUGGAAGAUGAGAAUCCGGAUGAUGUUGUUGAGAUUAUAGAGGAGCUUGAAAUCUCUACUGUCAUAACUGAAACCAAGGAAGAAAAAGGUCUACCUGCCCAAAUACCAAUUCCAGGUGCUGUAGAUAUAACUAGUGAAGCAUCACAGCCAGAGCCAACGAAGAUGAGUCUUCUUCCUGUUGGCGAUAACUCUGUUGAGGGGACAUCAGAAGAGUCUAACCCUGCAGAUGUUCCACCUGCUAAUGAGGAGGCUAACACCCCAAAACCUGAGGAUGCAGCCAUUACUGUGCUGUCGGCCAGCCCCGAGGAACCUGUAUUUGAAGAGAAUGACUUGGAGGAAUCAAUAGAAAAUCAGGAUCAGGAAAGAAAGGAAGAGGCUCUGUCUGAAGCUCCAGUUGUACUAGAAGAGCCUCCAGAAACUCCAGAGAUCUCAAGAGAAGAUCUUACAGAUGAUGAAAUCUUACUGGUUAACAAAGAUGUUCCUGAACCACCAGUGACAGAUUCUCUGGGCCCUGCCCAACCGACUGCUCUGUCUCCAGAGAGGGAGUCACCCUUUACCCGUAUCUCUGACGUAAACCCUGAUUUUGAUGAUGAGCCUGACACAGACAAGCCUUUACUAGUGGAGAUCCAGACUACUGAUGAUGGCUUGGAUGAUACCACCACUGGAGACCAUGGUUAUAAUGUGGUUCAGUAUGGUUAUGGUUUGGUUAACCACACAGAGGAGGGCAGCACCGGAUUCCCAAUAGGUGUGGGCCACGGCACAGACCAGGCUAGUAUUGCCAUGCCUGUAAACCCUGGACGAGCACUGAUGGUUUUCUUUAGUCUGAGGGUGACCAACAUGAUCUUCUCAGAGGAUCUCUUUAACAAGAGUUCCCCAGAGUACAAGGCUUUGGAGCAACGCUUCCUUGAACUGCUUGUGCCCUACCUACAAUCCAACCUCAGUCACUUUGAGAACCUGGAGAUCUUGAACUUCCGAAAUGGGAGCAUUGUAGUCAACAGCCGGAUGAAAUUCGGGAAGCCUGUGGCUCGUGGUGUCACAACAACUGUCUACUUGAUCUUGGAGGACUUCUGUAACACAGCCUACCAGACCAUGAACCUGGCCAUUGACAAGUAUUCACUGGAUGUUGAAUCAGGUGACCAGGCCGAUCCCUGUAAGUUCCAGGCGUGUAACGAGUACGCUGAGUGUAAAGUGAACAAGUGGUCCGGGGAGGCAGAGUGCGUCUGCAAUGCUGGGUAUUUCAGCGUGGAUGGCUUGCCCUGUCAGAGCAUCUGUGAGCUGCAGACUGACUUUUGUCUCAAUGACGGCAAAUGCGACGUCAUCCCUGGCCAGGGAGCCAUCUGCAGGUGUCGCGUCGGGGAGAACUGGUGGUAUAGAGGAGAACAUUGCGAGGAGUACGUGUCCGAGCCGCUGGUUGUUGGCAUAGCGAUUGCCUCUGUAGCUGGCUUCCUAUUGGUGGCCUCUGGAGUCAUCUUCUUCCUGGCCAGGACGUUACGGGAUCAGUAUGACAAGGAUGAGUCAGAGGACCCCAUACGGCGAGCAGAGAGUCUCCCAUCUUUAGAGAGGGCGACCAAGUACAACCCCAUGUAUGAGAGUGAAGCGACCACAGGCUACAGUCACUACUACCGCCGCUACCCUGAAGCUCCCGUGUACAGCAGUGCCAGCGCUGAGGCCUCCACUGACUUCAGCAGCGAGGAGAUACGACACAUCUAUGAGAACAGCGAACUGACUAGGGAGGAAAUCCAAGACAGGAUACGCAUCAUUGAGCUCUACGCUAAGGACCGGCAGUUUGCAGACUUCGUACGGCAGCACCAAGCUGUCCUGGAUACCCAGAGAGAGAGCUCCUCUACACAGAUAUGAAGCUGUCCUGUGAACAGUGAGAAACGCACCUGUGUUUCUUAACGUCACAGCUCCCCGUCAAGACUGUCAUCGUUUCUUUGCCACAAUUCUCAGAGCCUGGAUUGCACUGUUUAAACUGGACUGUCUCACAGCAUACGUCUCUUACAAUCUCCACAAAAAGUCUGCGUCCGUCUCUGCCUGUGUGAGGGCAGAGGUGCUGAUGCUUCUUCCUCCGCCCUCAGUGCCUUCUCUUGACUGGGUGAGCUUGCUGUGACAUCACGGGAUGCGUCUGCUGCUUAUUUAUCGGACAUUUCCCUGCAAGGAAAAGUGGACCGCAUCCUGUUACUUGAAAUUUUGACAGAUGAACUGCACCAAGUAGUAUUUUUAUUUAGUGUGGCAUAAUGGGCUCUUUUCAUCACGCCUACCUGUCCAUUCUUAAAAGGGAAGAACAUAAAUACAUGUGAAUAUGUAUGUAUU